AGACCAGAUAGAUGAAGAGAGUUGGCCGGAAUAUAAUGGGAUUAACCAGAAUGAGUUUUUAUUUUUUAUUAACAAUUUUCACUUUAUCAAAACUUGAAAUCAAUCUUUUUGGUAAUAUGAUUUACAAAGACUUUUUUUUUUUGAUAAAUAGGUUAGAUAUUGAGGAUGUUAUAUAUAGAACAGUACAGUAGAGAGAUUUGUUUUCGUUCAACAUGAAUAAAAUGAUGCAUGAUAGAUAAUUACAACUUGGUCCAACUGACCCCCAAUUAUUAAAAAUAUUAAUUCUAUUUUGUGUUUUGUCAAUGGCAUAUCACUUAUUCUGAUGUAGGUGUGACAAUUUUUAAAGAUUUUUAUUUUAUUUUAACACUUGUAACUUUUAACCUACAUAAUUUUAAAAGGACAAUAUUAUUUAAUAUACAUAUAAAGUAUGAGAUGAAUCUACACAUAUAACACAGUACAUGUAAUACUUAAUCCAUCUGUCAUAAGCUUUUCAUACUUUGCAUUAUAACUUUAAAAAAUUACACAAAUUAUUUUGAAAUCAAUUUUUCUUUGAUAUUUGUAGCUGGAGAUACAAAUCUUGGCCAGCAUGGGAUGAACAGAUAUUGAAGAUCACAAGAUUUUGCAGUAAACUGACAUGCAGACUGCAAAAACAAUAUGCCAAAGCACUUUUGUUGUGUUGAGUGUUCAAAGAGGUGCAGAUCUGAUCCCUCAGCCCGUCGUCCUGUUCCACCUUAUCUAAGGGGAAAAGCUGAAAAGAAACUUUAUCGACCAUUGACUGAAGAAGACGUGUUGUGUUCAGCUUGUCGAAGGAGAUUGGCUAGAUCAGAUCCACUGGUAUUAACACGGAAUAACAAUCAACAUGUCUUGUCAAACUCUCAGGAGACAGAUCCUGAUUUCUGCCCAGCUUUACAGAGAGAUGCAUCUCAGGUCUUGAAAUCUCCAAAGUCUGUUGAACUGAAAAUCAGUUCAACCCCACGGAACCAUAAGAACUGUGUAGUAUGUAGAAAACCAUCGGGACAUCGCAAUCACCUUACUGUUGUACCUGCUUCUGCUGUUACACAGGCAUUUGUUCAUGUAGGCAUUUUUAUUAACAGUGAUAGUAGAUGUUGUAAGUUCCAUCUUGUGAAUGAAUACUUUACUCCAGAAAGUGUAAUUCUUCUUAAUUCUUCAAAAGCUUCAGAGAAUCUUUCAAGAACUGAGAUUUGUUAUCUCUUGGACAAUGUUAGAACAUUGAUGAAAACUGUUUCUCAUCUGAAUUUUGAUGUACCUACUGCACUUCUAGAUUCUGAUUAUAAGAAUCUCACAGGCCUUACAAGAGAUCAGUUUCAUGAGCUGAGUUCCUACAUUCACAAGUUACGGAAUAACUUAAACAGGUCAACCAGAACAUGUCUUGCUGUCUUUCUCACUAAGCUCAGAACUGGACUUCCAAACUCUGUAUUAUCCUCGCUAUUUGGUCUGUCUGAAGCUCAGGUUCAGCGUAUAAUUCCCUCGGUAAAAGAGGAAUUAAUGGAUACAUUUGUUCCUAAGCAUUUAGGAUUUCAACAUAUAUCACAUCAAGAGUUUUGUGAAAGACACACAACACCUGUUGCUAGGACUCUUUUCACAAAGGCUGAAGAUGAAGCUGUUCUUUUGUUAGAUGGCACAUACAUAUUUAUACAGAAGAGUAGUGACUAUUAUUUUCAACGCCGCUCUUACAGUCUUCAUAAAAACCGUCCUUUAGUUAAACCAAUGAUGGUUGUUGGUUCGGAUGGCUAUGUGCUGAGCGUUCUUGGACCAUAUAUGGCAGACUACAGUAACAAUGAUGCAAGCAUCAUCAAGCACAUGAUGAACAAGAAUUCAGAAGACAUGAAAGAUUGGUUAAAGGAGAAUGAUGUCAUGGUGGUGGAUAGAGGCUUUAGGGAUGCUGUGGAAUUUCUACAGGAAAGUGGGUUGAGGGUAGAAAUGCCUUCCUACCUUCAGAAAGGUGCAAAACAGCAUACCACUGAAGAGGCAAACCUUUCAAGGCUAGUCACAAAGGUUAGAUGGGUGGUAGAGAGUGCCAAUGGUAGGCUAAAACAGUGGAGACUCCUUGAUAAAGUUGUUCCAAACACUCUUGUACCCCAGAUCGGCGAUUUUGUCCGAAUCAUUUGUGCAAUAUGCAACAAGUUCCGUCCACCUUUAGCUAAUAUGGACCCACAAUUGGAAGAGGAGGCCACGAAGAUGUUGGAAAAAGUGUGUCUGUCUAAUAAAGUCCAGGAGUUUGUGGAAGAAAAUAACCUGGUGAAGAGGAGAGUUCCUUAUAAGAAAAUUGAUAGUAUCAAUGAUGUAUUAUCUGAUUUUCCUCACCUAAGUAUGGAUGAUCUUAGGAGUAUUACCAUGGGUGUGUACCAGAUCAAGCAAUGCAUCUGCUAUUCAAAGGAACAUUUAAGUGAUGAGGGAACAUACGACUUAAUGUUUUGUACAGAAUUCCCAAGUUUGCUACAAGUCAAGAUACAAUCUCGUCAUUCAAAGAACUCGGUACAUACACUUUGGAUCAAGUACAUAUUGGAGGACAUGUCUUGCCCAAUAUCUGGAUGGUACUGCACCUGCAAAGUUGGAGCACGAGUGGUAGGCUGUUGUGCCCAUGUAGCCAGUGUGUUAUGGUAUAUUGGAUACCAAAGACACCAGGAUGAUCCUUUGGCAAAGGGGAAAAAGUUAGCACAGUGUCUGGAUGAUGCCGGGGAAAAUGCAACUGUGGACAAUACUGAAGAAUGAUUUCUGGUACAAAUUGUAAAGUAUACAAUACCCAGCUGAACAUAUGCAUUGUAAUGUAUACAAUAUACAGCUGAACAUAUAUAUUGUAACUUAUACAAUAUACAGCUGAGCAUAUACA